AUGAAGGCCUACUGCAAUAAUCCUGACAUUUUCACCUUACAAGAUAAUGAACGAUUGGAAAUUAACACACGAUACCAGAGACCCAUUUGCAAAACACAGUAUAAAAAAGGUCUUGCCUUUACUCUAUCAAUCUAUUUUAUAGGUGAUCACUCUGGGAUACGUACAAGUGAACCUCCAACUACUGGAGCAUCCCCUACGACAGGUGAUCAUUCUUCUGGAAGACCUACAUGGCAACCGCAAAACACUGGAGCUUCCCCAAAUUCAGGCCAACAAGGUUCCGGUCCACCUCAGUCAGCGAAAUUCCAGUCACAAUCACGCCCCCAGGCAAACCCCCAGGCACACUCCCAUGGAACUAUGUUCACUUCCAGCAAUGUUGGCACAAAUAUCAACAUUGGUCCUGGAACCAAUAUCCAUAGUUUCAGUGUAUCGUCAGGUGUUCCUGGGCAUGGUAAUCAUGGACAAUUUGUUUAUGUACCAGGAGGUUAUGGACAUGGGCAAGGAAAUAGUUAUCCUGGACCAGGCAGUUAUGGACAGGCACAAGAAAAUGCCGGACAAGAUGCUUACUGUUUUAGACAAGAUGUCCCAAGGCAACCUGGGUACCUACCUGAUGAGGCAUUGAUGCACAUCUGCAAAGAACUAGGCAGUAAUUGGAGGAUGCUUGGUUUGAACCUAGGGAUCGGUUGGAAUGAACUAGAGAAAAUUCAUUGUAAUUUUAGAAAGGUCGAAGAUGCUAUCAUGGAAAUGUUGAUGCAGUGGAGGGAACAACAGCCACGUGCAGUAAACCAGCUGGAUAAAAUGUGUCAAGCCCUCAUAGCUCACCAAAACAUUAGAUUAGCUGAAGAAUUGCGUAAAAGGAUGAAAUAACAAGUUAAUAGAUUUGUUUAUUAUGUCAUUAUUGAAAGAUGUAAUGAUUUUAUUAUGAAGUAUUGCAUAAUAAUACAUGUUAUUAUUGUUAUUAAUUUUCUUACAUCAUUAUUAUAUUUACACUUAUAAAGAAGAGAAUGAUUAUAAUUUGUACAUAGGAAGAAAGCAUAGAAGAAAGUAAACUGUAGAGGGCAUCCUAUAGAAUUACUAGCAUUUAAAAUCACAUUUAUUACAAUUAACAAACCUGCACAAGUACAGGUAUUCCAUUCUUAUGUACAAUCGACUCUUUAAAAUUCCAGCAUAAUCAUCGUGCAUAUAGAGUUAGU